UCUGGAGGACAGGGUAGAAAUAAAAAAGUUCAAAGAGUUUCUGUUGGUGCCAGAACUCGAAGUUGUCAUCGACGACAGCUUGGGUUUUACUAUUAAGGUAUAUGGAUUUUAUCUCCCAGAUGACCAUGAUCUUUUAUACGAAACACUUGAGGUCUGUCACCAAUACUUCAGUGGCAAAUCUGAUGAAGGACAUUGAAUCACAUGUAGUUUGCCCUGGGGUAGAUGCUACAAUCUCAGCAAAUGUAGUUCACCAUGUCAUACCCAAGUCAGUAGAUCAUUUGACUCAUGAAGAUACUGUAAAUUCAUUCCCACAUGAAGAAUACUGGCGUGUCAAAGACUGUGAAGUUCUAUGUAGUGGACUCGAUCGGUGUGCAUGCUGCAGUAAAUUUCUACAAGCGGAGGCAAAAUCCAAAAUGUGAAAGCAAAAAAGCUGAGAGAACCUGCUUAUAUUAACUCUCCAGUGUCACAAACACCACCAUAGAGAUUAAAAUUGACACUUCUGAUGCAACAAAGGAGGUUCAAUCAGCUUGAAAACCAGCUUAAAUUAAUGAGAGAGGAAUUAAACAAGUCCAGUGUGAAAAUCAAUGAGGAACUUACUAAAGACUUCAUCAGUAUUAUGGGCAAGACCAAGCAUAACAUUUCACCAUUCAUGAACUUGUUUUGGCAGCAACAGCAAAAAUUGUUUGCAAGUAAUUCUACUGGGGUGCGGUAUCACCCCAUGGUUAUCCGCUAAUGCCUCUCACUUGUAGCAAAGUUACCAUCACUGUAUGAAGAGCUAUGCAAUAGUGGUAUCCUUUUCCUCCCUUGCCAAAGAACGCUACGAGACUACAGGAACUACAUCAGACCCCAGAGAGGAUUCCAAGAAGGUGUAAUUGAAGAACUGAAAAGUAUUACCACUUUAUACUUCGAUGUACAAGGAUAUGUGGUAUUACUUUUUGAUAAAAUGAAAAUCUUGUCAUAUCUUGUUUUUGACAAGGUUACUGGUGAGCUGAUAGGCUUUGUUGACUUGGGUGACCCUGAUGUUAACUUUGCCACACUUGAGAAAGCUGAUGAGAUUACUACUCAUGCCUUGGUAUUCUUAAUCAGGGGAGUCUGCACUCAGCUCAAGUUCAGCCUGGUCUAUUUUGCAACAAGUGCAAUUACAUCCAUCCAAUUGUUACCAAUCUUUUGGGAAGCUGUAUGCAUUCUUGAAUCAAGCUGUAACCUGUGGUUCAUGGCAGUUACUUCAGAUGGAGCAUCCCCAAAUCGUAGCUUCUACCGCAUGCACAAAGCCUUAGAUAGAGACUCGGGAAAAGAAGUAUGCUACCGCACCAUCAAUUUCUAUGCUCCUCAUAGAUUUAUAUACUUUUUCUCUGAUACUCCACAUCUGAUAAAGACCACAAGGAACUGCCUUUAUCACUCUGGGUCUGGAUCAUGUACCAGGUACAUGUGGGAUGGUGGGCACUAUGUGCUUUGGCAACAUAUAGUGCAGAUGUUCUUUCAGGAUUUAGAAAGUGGCCUGAAGCUUUUACCACAAAUUACUGCAGACCACAUCAAGCUGAAUGCAUACUCUACUAUGUGUGUUAAUUUGGCAGCGCAGGUUUUGAGUGCAUCUGUGUCAGCUGUUUUAAAGGCAUUUGGUACACCUGAUACUGCAGGAACAGCAAAGUUGUGUGGAAUGGUUGAUUCUUUCUUUGAUUGCUUGAAUGUACGUUGUACAUAUGAGCAUGAAAGAAAGAGAAAACCAUUUUUAGCCCCUUUCACCUCCACUGAAGAUCCAAGAUUCACUUGGCUUGAAGGAGAAUUUCUCAAAUAUCUGAAAGAUUGGAAGAAGAGCACACUUGACAGACCUGGUAACUACACAGCUAAUGCUAGAAGUCGUAUGUUUUUGUCAUGGCAGACAUACGAGGGGUUUCAAAUAACAACCUGCUCAGUUAUUGAAGCUACCAACUUCCUCCUCCAGGAAGGUAUGGAGUAUGUGCUUACAGAAAGAUUCUGUCAGGAUCCCAUUGAGGAAUACUUUGGUAGCCAACGAAAGAUCGGACGGCGAAGCGACAACCCAGACAUAAAGAUGUUUGGUUGUAAUGACAACACAAUUCGCAUCCAAAGAAGUGUUUCAGGUCAGUCUGUGAACACCAGAGGCAGAAAAGACAGGAAGAAAGCUUGGGUGGAAGUUACUGAUGAUCUGCUACCAAAGAGGAAAAAAAUAAACUGUAAUUAUAAUAACUAGAACUGGGUAGAAAACAAUUUUGUAAAUAGGUAAUUUUUGAACAUAUUUCCUUCAUUGAAGAAAGGUCAAAAUUAUCAGUUCUAAAUCUUCGUUAUUUAAAAAAAAAUGUUUCAAAUGCAUUGCUUCAAAUGCUUGGAUAUUUUCUUUUGCUUAACAGCCAUAGAUUAAAUAGUUCACAAUAUUUUAGACUGUGGACAUUAGAAUUCAUUGCCUCUAUGUAUAUAUUAUGUAAAUAUUAACUUUCAAUUCAUUUAAGUCAUAGCAGUAUUUUUUUUAAGAAUAGUUCAUUAGAUAAAAUAGAAAUUUUAAAAAUAGUUAAAUAAAUAGUAAACAAUGCAAUUACAGAUUCUUAAGAAUCUGUAAUUGCAUUGUUUACUAUUUAUUAAACUAUUUACAUGACCAGUGCUCUAAGAGGCUAUUUACCAGAUCACUCCUUCUAUUCAUGAUAUUAGCACACUGAGAGAUAGAUAGCACUGGACGAACAAUUGUUGUUAUGCUUUUGUUAUGCUUAUGCAAUCUCUCAAUGCACCAUGACCAUUUUGUGUGUUAAUAAGAAAACAACUCUAACAAUAAUUUACUUUUACAAUAAUUUACUAAGAGUCUACUGGUCACUUAUCGCAUUUAUAUAAAUUAUUGUUGACAUUACAUUUACAGCUAUUUGCAAAAGUUAAGGCCCCUAACAUAUAUAAUUACUUCGGCUGCAUCAAAAUGAUAACGUUAACUGAUUGAAAAUUCAAUAAACAUUAACAAUUUUUUGUAAUUGCACUGUUAUGCAACAGACCCUAGCUUUGUGAUUUUACUGGUACAUAGAAGGAAAAAUAUAAGGUAUCAAAACUCUAAUUAUCCUUAAGCUCAGACCUAUUGGUUGCUCUGCUAAUUUGCUUUCGGAGUGCCUUUUCCUUUACCAGCUUUGCCUGCAGUUUGUAUUUCUGUACAACAUCUUUUGCAAAUGAUAAACACCAGACUCUAACAUACAAAAGAAUUAUAUUAUGAAGAGCAUCUUUCGCUAUCUUGUCUUCUGGUUUCAGUUCUGAAACUUCCUUCAUGCAGUUG